AUGAAUUCCGCGCCGUGGGGUGACACCCCGCGACGGGCGUACAAUCUCCCAUUCCAGAAUGACUGCGACGCGACAGCCUCAUACGCGCAGGGCAUGCUCCUCGGAGGCUACCCGGAGCCCUCGUACGGGGACGCCGCGACAUUCUUCAAGGCCAUGUUUCCGGGAGAGAACCUGAGCAGCGACACCAUUAUCGAGUAUCACGACUAUUUCUGGCAACCCAACUUCGACCUCUACCGGUUCGAAGAAGGGUUCGCGCCGUGCCAGAGGCAGCUUUGCGCCGCCACGACCGCGCACGUCGACAACACGGGCAUGGGAGUGGGCAUGCUGGUCUCGCUGGGCCUAGAAGCCGAUUCCCCAAGUCUCCCGGUUCACCGUGUUCGACCGCGUCAUCUACGCCUUUACGGAUCCACCCGCCACUUCUUCAUCUGCGCCAUCAUCCUGUGCCUCGGCUCCUCCAUCGGCCUCUUGGCCGACGCGGUGCACAAUUCGCACGUCGAGUCCCUGGGCGAGGUUGGCGGCCGCGUUCGCCCUUACGGCCACCAGCUGCUCGCCGUCGCCAUCACCUACUUCUCCCUCGCCGCCACCGUUCCCGCCUAUCUGUGGGGCUCUCGCCGCCAGUGGCUCGACGCGCCCCUCCUCGUCUUCACCUGGCUGCUCUCCGCCAUCGCCAUCAUCAUCAACAAUCUCGGCUCCUCGGGCUCUCGCCAAACCUCCUUCUCGCGCAUCUGCCCAGAUGACUUUAUCCCCAGCGGCGUGCUGAUGGCGUGCCUCUUCUUCACGCACGGCGUCGGCGCGUGGUGCCCCGCCCUCUUCGCCCUGAUGUGGGCAAAACCCACCAUCCGGCGCGGGUUGCGCGCCCUCAUCUUGCUCUACGCGGUCCUUGGCUUCCUUGCCGUCUGGGCGUUUUUACUCAUCCUCUAUAUCUUUGUCAGCAAGACGUCGUGGAUCAAGGCCAACGUGUUUGACCUAGGCCAGGGUUUGGCGGUUGCCUUGUGGAUACCUUUGAUCUACGAAGUGGUUCACAGCGCUAUUGUCGGUAUCGACCGCGGCCUCACUGCAGGCCUACCCCGAGAAUAUGUCGCCAUCCGCGAGGGCGAAAUUAACGACGAUGUUGACGACGACCCCGUGUUCGUUCCGGGUAUGGCCCCCGGCCCGCGUGGCGCGCUGCGUGCUCCUGUGGCCCCACCCGGUGGCUAUUACUCGGCAGGAUCGGUCCCCGGCACAGCGCUCGGGAUGACCCCCAACCGCCGGCGCAGGUAA